ACAGGGCUUGACGGCUAUAUUGCAGGUCGUACGAAACUAUUUCGGGAUUAAAUUAAAUAUGGGACCAAGAGCUAAAUGUGUGUGCCUAAUUGACAAAUGUUGUUACAAAGAAGAAUGUAACCUGCCGAUCUAGUAAACGGGCCAAUCAGAGGCUAGAUCUCUGUUUCAUAAUGAUUUCCUUAAAGAAAUUUUCCUAACGCGGCUCAACCUUGAACCUUUUGACGAAUAAGCUCAAAAUGUGCAAGUUGAACUCAAUAUUAAUUCAUUAAUACAGCGCUGCUCAUCCUUCAUGGAAAUUGUUGCUGUUUUAGGAAUGUAAACUCGUAUAAAUUGAGAUGUAAUACGGGCAUUUGGAUGAACUUGUCUAUAAAUGUGACAAUACUCAAUGUGCAAUUUAAAAUGUCAAAACUCACAGAUUUAUUAUUUCUUGACAAGCUGUUUAUCAGCCUUGUGUACCUAUGCCUGAUGAGCGCCAAUACUGGAACUUCAGCCGUCUCCUCGGCGACUGGGAUCUCAUGGGCUGCCCUCUGGCAGCUGAUCGCAAACCCGGUCAACCAGAACCAAAUCAACCUCCGCUCCAGCUGCCCGUGGGCCUACGUAAAUGACGGAAGCGGCCACUACGCCAACCUCUAUGACGUCGCGAAAGUCUCCUGCAUAGAUCUUGACCGCAGCACGAAGUUUGGCGUACAGUACGUCACUUCCGGCGCGUGCCAUCCCAUCCGAGCUCACUGCCCCAAUCGAGAUUUCAUUAUAGGAUACACGUGUGUCCGCGCCCAGGAGGUCCCAGCCGACAAACGGUACGACAACGGUGAAUACUUUGGUAACGGCACUGCAGGUUUGGCUAAUUUGCAGCCAACACUACUGAACUCUUCUCAACUCUAUACUAUUCCUGCCAAAGAGAAAGAGGAUGGUAAAAAGAAUGAACCAGAAUUAAAAGACAAAAAAGGCAAAGGACUGCUUACGAAGAAACCAGAGUACGAUACUAGUGUGACACAUGUUUUGCAGACGCAAACGAACACUCCAGUCGCUCUGCACCAACAUUUAGCGCCGCCAUUCUUAGAAAAGAAUGCUCAGUUAGGUGCACCACCGUACCUGGUAGCCAGUGGAUACCAACCUGGUUUUCUGCAUAUGGGGCUCAAUCCGCAGCAAAACGUUCCCCCUCUUUACAUCCCUAACUCCGAGAAAGACUUUUCACAAAAUAACCGAGGUGUUCAUUUUCAAAGUAAUACAAGUCCAGUCGAGAAAGAAAACGGCGAAAACUCUGUGAAAACCAAAGAUAGAACAUCAAAACUUGGUGAGGUGAUUAUGAAAGAAAAUAUAUCUUCCUAUUAUGAAACAACGACUAAAAAGUGAUGUACAUGUACAAGGUAUUUGUAUUUUGUCUUGCACGUGAAUGAAAGCAACUUUAAAAAUACAAUGAAAUGGAUAUUGAGUGUAAGAGUUUGUAAUAUGACUUAAUAACCAUAACAAGUGUGAGACUGUGAUAACGUUGUUACACUUAAAUGGUCACUAUACUAUUAACUAAAAUACCCCGUUGUUAAGCGACCUGUUGCGUACAUAAUAAUAUUAUAUGUGAUGUGUUUGUGGGUUGUAUAUGCCGUGCUCAUCCAAUUUUAGAACAUGCAUGACAUGCGAGUACCUAUCAUGAUUAUCAAUGCGAAUGUGUAUUUAUUUAUUUAUUCUUUGUUUUGUUGAAAUUGUUUGAAAGUUACAGUUCAAUUUACAUGAUAAAAAUAGUAUGAA